GAGACGCGUCACGACACACGCAGCGGCGGCGAGUGACCGUGGAAGACAGUUUUACGGAGCGCAGCCGAAAGAUCCAAAGCAACAAAGAAGCGUCGCGUGUUUUUUUUCCCCCAGAACUCAUGCGUCAACAAGCGUUCGCGCGGAAACCGUGUCGUUUCGGGACCGAGCAGCAGCAACGGCUGCAGCCUCCAGCCCCACGUGUCUGCACCGGGUCACCGCCCGGUAGCGAACACGCAUUAGCGAGCGCUGCGCUCGUUUGCGGUUGUCGUCUUCGCUACUUUGAACGCCGGUGCGGCGGCACGUGCACGUUAAUCGUCCCGCAGCGCGCGGAGCGGCCAUUCUGAGAGCCCGGAUCGCGUCAUGCCGGAAGACAAAGCGUGUAAGCUGCCGCUGCCGCCGAGGGGCUGUGACAAUAGAAAGCAGAAAAAGAAGAGGAGAAAGAAAUGCGCGGCUUCCAACACUUCUCCACAGAGUGCAGACAAACCUCAGACUGCGUCUAUGCCUCCGGAGACCUCCGCUGUCUCGCCGUUGGCCCCUCGCGGCCUCGAUGAGGACGCAGGAGCUGAGCUCAGAGCCUCCAGUGAGAAGGACGGGGAGCGUUGCACCCGCAGCGGCCGGAGAACGAGAAGAACUUCACGAGCUCCCUCUCAGGGACACACGAGCGGGCUCGGCGGCAGGGGGAGCCUGCGGUGGGAGGGGGUGCUGGAGGACCCCCGGGCCGAGGAGCAGAGGCUGGAGCUGUACAGGGCCGACCGACGGCGGCGGUACAUCGCGCACAGGGAGGCGCUGCUGAAAGAGGGCGGCGAUGGUUUGAAACAGACCUGCGUGAAAAAGAGCUCAGAGAUAAAGGCUCUGACUGAGGCCGACCAUCAGGUGACACCACUGCUGCUUCAUUUGAGCAUGGAGAGUUAAAGAGGCCGGUAGACAGACAGACUGACGGGUGGAGAUCAAUGCACGCUGUUGAGAGGUGGGACUGAAUUGAGCAUUUUGCCGGUUCAGCACCUAUUAAAGCUUCUUCUUUAUCUGCGCUGCCACUGCCAGUGUUUCCAAACCGUCAUCCCGGGUCUAGUAAAAACUUAACGGAGGAUUUGCAGAGUUUAUCUUGUGCCUUUUAAAUAAUGCAACACUCCCACAAAAGGCCCAGAGUUGAGCCUUCAGGGCUGAAACCCAAUCAGCAUAACGCCACAGAACCCACUGUGUCCACAGAUCAGGUCAAUUAUCACUACAGUGUAGUGCUUAGGUUUUCUUACAGAGCCUCUCAGAAAGCCAUUCACCAGUGUCUUGAUUAAAACGGGAACAUGAGCGGAACAAUAUGCUGCUGGAACCGGCUCAUAUAUUAAUAUUAUUGUUAUAAUUAUACAUGUGUUUCUAAUACAAAGACUGUACGAUCUAAUUGACAUGAAUAAAGCAACUGUGCUAUUA